AUGGAUUCGAGCAAAUACCUCACUGCAAGCGACUCUCAACUUCUCCACGUCCCAGACGUCCCAGACCAGUUUACCUCCGGCUCACACUCGUCAGGUCCACACCCUCACCGGUCAAGGGAAAUGUUGCAGUUGCAGCGUAGCCAUCAAAAAAGUAGACUCCAGAGUCGCGAGACCGACAUCCAUUCUGGAAAGGUCAUCCAGGGACUACCUAAAGCACUCGGACUUCCUCAGGUCGUAGACUCAGGUAGUUCAACAUCUCGCCCGCUCAUCAUUCGAGAAAAAGAUCUUUGCUGCAAGCUUGCGGGCACUGUGAUUAUCGCAGCGCAUAAAACCCAUCCAUCCCAGUUAGAAGCAAUUCGGGCGUAUCCUCCAGAGCGAGCCGACGAAAUGCUACGGGCUUUUCAAGUAAUUCAACACAAAAACAUCCUCUCUGCCAAAGAGUGUUACAGGGAGGGGAACGGACUCUUUAUUUUAGUUAAUAACCUUCCUCUCACUCUCAAGCACCUUGUAAGCCUCCACCCAGAUCAGCAUCAGGUGGCCUCAGUUAUGCAUCAGAUCCUUAAUGGUUUACACUACCUGGUUGAGGCUGGAUUUGAGCACACGUCUUUAACCUCCUCGAAUAUCCUCCUCGGCUCAGAUGGGAUAGUCAAGAUUGCUGCAUUGGAGCACUGUUCUCAAGCUCAAGUGAUCAAUUCCCUGGCCACUAUCACAAUGCAACUCAUGCAGAGCUAUGAAAUGGAUGAUAGAGUAAUUAGAGUUGAUGACCUGGGACGCUGGCCUCCUGAUUCAGAAGCCUUUGGAUUUCUAGAGGCGAUAUCCUCAGCGCGCUCGGUGGAGGCCCUAAUGAAGCACCUGUUUGUGGCCAAAAAACACCGACCAGGCGAACUAGUCGGGCUGGCUCGCCUGGCUCCAAUCGCGACAAAGACCUUUUAUUCCCGCAGAGUUUAA